AUGCCAGCCAAUUCUUCGGGUCAUCCCAAACGUCAGGGAUCCGGUCUGCUUUCUCACGGAGUCCGGCCUCGAUGCCGAGGCCGAUCCGCGGAUUCCUUACAGCAAGACCGGUCAUGGCAUGUAUCUGGCGUCCGAGUAUAUCCGAGAGAAAGCUAUAUUGGCAAAGCACACUUUGAAUACGGGAAUGAAGAGGAGGAUAGACAUCGAGUGAAUGAAUUAAGACCUGAAGAACAAGAUGUAUAUGGUGAAGAGUCUGAAGAGUCGGCCUGCUCUACUUCGCAGCAGGCUGACUGGUUGCCACGUCAUUUAAAACGCCCUUAUGAAAGAGACACUAUGGACCAAUUCUUCUAUUCGUUAGAAACUGAAUUGGGUGGACUACAGAAGCAGUUAAGGAGCACUGAAGCGACUAAUGUGACAAGGGUGGGUGGCUAUCUUUUGCACUUAACCAAAGAAUGUUUUUUUAUUUAUUUGUACUAA